AUGCGAAUAGAAAAACGAUGCACACUCCUCACUUUCGCAAUCUGCCUCCUCUUCUGCCUGCUGAAAAUAUUCAUGCAAGGGAAUACCACGGUGAACAAGCGCGUCCUCACCGGUUUCAAUCUUGCGUCAUUUUGUGCAAACCUUAAUGACAACACUCAGCUAAUGCUGGAUUAUCAGACGCCACAUCCCGAAGAAACGGAUCUCUUCUUCGCCAGUAUAAAUUCCUCCUCGCAUAGAAACUGUCGACGCUUCAGAUGGGCAUUCAUGCCUCAAGAGGAGUCGCCGGUAGCCGCGCAGGAAGCCGCCUAUCCCUUGGCCUUCACUAUCGUCGCCCACAGAAAUGUCCGCCAAUUGGCACGUCUACUCCGCAUGAUCCAUCGUACCGCCAACUUCUACUGCAUCCACAUUGACCGUCGAAGCGCACCGGCGUUUAGUCGAGCGGUGGAGGGGAUUGCAACCUGUUUUGGAUCAAAUGUGCACGUGCUGCAUUGGUUCAAGGGAACUGUCUACGGUGCCUACAAGCGUGACUUCCUAGACUUUGCCCUCCACAGCCCUGCGACACAACCCAUACUCAAAGUCAUCUUCUCAAGCAAGAGGCUUAGAAACCCUGAGGAAUUCUUCUUCCAGACCGUAGCAUUUAACUCUCAUAUCCGCGCUCCUGGAGCCUGUUUACGUCCUUCAAUGUCGUCUGAGGUUCUGAUGGGCUAUCCGGGAAGGUAUGUCGUCUGGUCUCAUCCGAUGUCCUUCUGUCCUACAAAGUAUGUCCGUUCGGUGUGCAUCCUCGGCAGUCCACACGUGCCCGAACUGCGGCGGACGUUUCAUCUCUUUGCCAACAAAAUGCAUGCCGACUACUACCCCGAGGCCUACGACUGCAUGGAACGCUGGUAUUUUAUGCGUCUGCAGCGUGAGUGGGCCCUGCGUCACAUGGACUGGAAGGCUUUCCAGCCGUGGGCUUUCAGGCAGUUAGCUUGUUCAUAG